AUGUCCGGCAAGGAAGUAGAAGGCGCCGCCGUGCCCGCCCAGUCUCGCAGCUCGUGGACCUCGUUCCUCAAGUCUAUCGCCUCCUUCAACGGCGAUUUGUCCUCGCUGACUGCGCCUCCCUUUAUCCUCAGCACCACGUCGCUGGUCGAGUUCUCGUCUUACUGGGCCGAGCACCCCUCCCUGUUCGUCGCGCCCGCCUCGUCCAGCGACCCCGCCGAGCGCGCCCUCCUCGUCCUCAAGUGGUUCCUGAGCACGCUCAAGCAGCAGUAUGCCAGCCGCAGCGAGAAGCUCGGUUCCGAGAAGAAGCCCCUGAACCCGUUCCUGGGCGAGCUGUUCCUGGGCAAGUGGGAGGACGAGGCCGGCACGACCCAGCUCAUCAGUGAGCAGGUCAGCCACCACCCGCCCGUCACGGCCUAUUCGAUCUGGAACGAUAAGCACGGUGUCCGCUUGACCGGCUACAAUGCGCAGAAGGCCUCCUUCUCGCGCACUAUAAACGUCAAGCAAAUCGGCCAUGCCGUUCUCCACAUCGAUGAAUACAACGAGGACUAUCUCAUCACGCUGCCGGCCCUGCACAUUGAGGGCCUCAUCACGGGCUCUCCGUACGUUGAGCUGGAGCGCUCUUCGUACAUUACGUCUUCGUCGGGCUACACGGCGAAGAUUGACUACAGCGGCAAGGGCUGGAUCUCGGGCAAGAAGAACAGCUUCACGGCGUCGCUGUACCCGCACGACAAGACGGAGAAGGACUCGAUCUACACGAUCGACGGGCAGUGGACCGACACCUGGCAAGUGAAGAAGGGCAAGGCCAAGGACGUGACGGUGGUGGACACGUACGACGCGAAGACGUCGAAGACGACGCCGCUGUACGUGGCGCCGCUGGAGGAGCAGGACAACAUGGAGUCGCGCAAGGCGUGGUCGAAGGUGGCGGCGGCGAUCCAGAAGGGCGACAUGGACUCGACGUCGCGCGAGAAGUCUGCGAUUGAGAACGAGCAGCGCGAGAUGCGCCGCGUGGAGAAGGAAGAGGGCCGCGAGUGGGUGCGCCGCUACUUCGCCCGCACCGAGGACUACCCCGUCUUCAGCACGCUGGCGCCGCGCGUCGCCGAGGCCAUCGACUCGGACAAGACGAAUGGAGUGUGGAAGUUUGACGCGGAGAAGGUGCAUACGGCCAAGGCGUCGGCAUGA